AUGUCGGAUGCCCAAGCCCGGAAGAGCUCCCAGGGCGAAUUACAGGAUCAGGACCAAACAACACCACCUCCAUCGUACAAACGGCGGCGUAUAGCGCUAGCUUGCACAUCCUGCAGGAAUCGCAAAUCACGUUGCAAUGGCGCUAGGCCUUCUUGCAGUCUCUGUGUCGAGCUCGGCUUCGAGUGCAUAUAUCAACAACCUGCCGCGGGUAAUGUCAGGCCGCCUCAGUUACAGCCAGGCUAUGAUGAGAGGUUGCGGGCUAUCGAGGACACGCUCAGGCUGCUUGUGAAUCGAAACCACCCUCCGUCAGAUGGCUCUGAGCAAUUGAACCCAUCAAGCCACGAGCCCAACCGGCCCAGUCAAGAAGCGACUACCACCAUUCAAGAGCCACGACAAGUGCACAACGAUGACGAAGACGUUGCAAUCCUCGACGAGGAUGACUCUCUACAACAGAAUGCCGAGGACUCUGUGGAUGGCAUGGCCGCCAUCACCGAUCCGGAAGAGACGGAAUCCAGGUUUUUCGGUCCGUCCUCGAACAUUGCGUUGCUCCGCCAUAUAUCGGAUGCGACUUCAGCCACGCUGAAGGCAAUUGGGCAGUCUCGACACUCGGAAAGUGGAAUUAAUCAGCCCAUCGUCUCUAGGGUAGCCUCACCAGUCACUACAACUUUCUCAGAGACCAGCCCCAUCGCUCGACACCACAUCAACAUCCGGUCGCUCCCUCCGGAAGAGCGCGCCCUGCACCUCAUCAGGCUAUUCUUCUCUGAUACAGGGAUGCUGUUUCCCUACAUCCACGAGCAAGAUAUUCUCCGUACAUACUCCGCUGCUCGGAGGAACCGCUUUACUGCAGUGAGCCGUUCUUGGCUAUGCCUCAUAAACGCCAUAUUUGCGUUUGCAACCUAUAUCAGCGCUAAACCUGAUCAGUCUGCUGAAAAGAAUGCGGCCGAGUCAGAGAUAUUCAUAGAAAGGGCACAAGCUUUGUCGGCUGAGAUCGAGAUGAAAUCAGCCAGCUUAGAGACCGCAGUCCAAUGCUUGCUCUUAAUGGCGCAGUAUCGCCAAGGCACUCAACGGUCUGAUCAGGCCUGGAACCUGCAUGGCCUCGCAGUCCGUGCAGCGAUCCAACUAGGAUUACACUCGCAGACGGCUUCUUCAGGACUGAACUUGGUGGAAGCCGAGAUACGCAAGCGGACAUGGUUUGGGUGUAUGAUCUUAGACAGGACACUAAGCAUGACCUUUGGUCGCCCUUGCAUGAUGCCCAACUCGAUAAUAAAACUAGAUCUUCCGCUGAAUCAGAACUUGGAACGACUGUCAAUGCUGGGACAUUCUGCAACUUCGAUGAGCACCUUGGAUCCGCCAGACACAGUUUGCCUUUUUACUGCGACAAUACAACUAUACUACAUCUUAGGAGACAUAAUUUCCGAGCUCUAUGGGGGGAACGUGGACGUUGAUACAGGGCUGACCGUUCCAACAAUGCUGGAAAGGACUGUCGUUCUUGAACAGAAACUAGCAGCCUGGAAACAUAACCUGUUCCCGCCCCUGCAACGGAGGCCAUGGGAUACUCUUGAUCCUGAUACGAUCUCACUCUCCGCUUGGGAUCCUGUUUUCGACCGACUGAGCGUCAUCAUCACGCUCAGAUAUCUCAAUACGCGGAUUUUACUGCACAGACCUAUCCUAAGUGCCUUUCUACGUCAAAGGGCUCGGGUGAAAGUACCCGGCGAACCCCUCGAACAGGAAGAUCAAUUUUUCAAUGAUCUCGGAGAACGAAGCGUCAAGAUUUGCCAGCAAGCAGCCAUGGAAAUCGUCGAGAUUGUCCACAAGACGAGUAAGCCACCUGCCUUACUUGGGGCAUGGUGGUUCACUGCCUAUUACACAUUCAAUGCGGCCCUGGUGAUAUUCAGUUGCGUUUUGCUAGAAAUCACGCCCUCGAACGUGCGGACUGUGAACAGUCCACCGAUAACCACCACCGACUCCUUAGACUCUGCCAAAAUUGUCGAAAUGAUUACGCGACUCCGGCGGGCGAUGGAGACUCUUAAGCGGUUCGGCGAGGGCACCAAAUCCGCAAAGAGAAUCAGAAAGACACUCGUGAAGCUCAUCCAGAUAUGCAUGACACUAGUGCAGCUCAAUCCCGAACAUGGUCCAGCCAUAUUGUCUGCUUUGGCCUCUGGUCAGUCGGGCGAGGCGGGACAGACAAGUAACCAGAACGGCCUCUCUUUGCAGCCUCAAGGAGCCAUGGAUGGUACUAUGGCAACGAAUGGCAUCCUACCGACCCUAGGUCAAGACGACCCUUUCGCAGCUUUUGACAUGAGCAUGCACCAGUAUUGGACAGACAACAGUCUCGAUCUGUUUGCUGACCUUGUGGGUGUUGAGCCAGGUUUGACUGCUAUGAUGGCUGGCUAG